CUCUCUCAUUGGUUCAUUUCGCGAAGCCUGAACUUUAAAGCCGUUGCUUUCUGUAGCUGCUGCACCGAGAAAGAAAGCAAAGAUCGGGAUAUUAUCACAGGUGAGAGGGGAAUUAUUCCACCGCGUUCUUGGGUUUAAUGUGAGCAACAUACAACGAUGUUUACGUUGUGACAGCUGCGUCCAAUUACGCCGACUGAUUUCCGGUCAUAGUCAGCUGUGGUCACCGACUUGUUUAAUGCUCAGUUUAAUUAGAAAUAAAGUAAGACCAACGCAUUGAUGCUCAGCUAAUGUGAAUUCCUGUUUGGAAGCAAGCUGCUGCGAUGUUAGGAGUAGAUGGCGAUGCGCAGCUGCAGUGCUGCGUGACGGUGGAGCACCUGAACAGCUGCGGGCAGGCCACUCGGAGGCAGGUGGUCCGCAAAGCCUCCGUCAUCCUGGGCCGCAACGAGUUCCACGAGAUUAUCCUCCGAGUGCACGACGGGAAAGUGCCCCAAAGUCAUCAUUUAAAAGAGUUCAGACUUUUCACCAAGUUCGCCAGAGAAGGGAAGUGCUCAAUCAAGCUGCUCCCAGAAAACAUCCAGGUGCUCAUGUCCAACUGCCCGCCUGACCGUCUCAGGCUUUUCCUGAAAACCCUGAGCAUCAAGCAUCAGGCCUGGCAGAGCAGCAAACCUCUGAGCGGCCGAGAGAAGCUGAAAGCCGCUCUGCCCCGCAGCUUCGAGCCCAUCAGCCCCCUGCAGCAAAAAGACAUCCAGAAAGCCAACAAAGCGGCUUCCAACGGGCUGACUGAGCGAACCAACACUAGGUCUGCAGCGGGUCCAGGACAGCAGGCCAAACGGCCCAGAAGUGACACCAGCUUCAGCCCGGUAAAGACCAACCCCCAGCAAGAAGCCUAUCCUGUCUCUGCCGUCCCAGAAGCAUGAAACAAGGAGCAGGCGGCUGUUCUGAGCGCAGCGAGUGGAAAGAACGUUUUCUUCACUGGAAGUGCCGGUACAGGAAAGUCCUUCCUGCUGAAGAGGAUCAUUGGUUCCCUCCCUCCGAAGAGCAUGUUUGCUACAGCCAGCACAGGAGUGGCAGCAUGCCACAUCGGAGGAACAACGUUACACAGCUUCGCAGGUAUUGGAUCUGGUUCUGCUCCGUUGGAGCAGUGCAUUGAGUUGGCACAGCGUCCUAGCGUGCUGCAGCACUGGACCAGCUGUCGACACCUUAUCAUCGAUGAAGUUUCCAUGGUGGACGCCCAGUUCUUUGACAAACUGGAGUCAGUAGCCAGGUCUGUAAGGAGGUCUUCUCAACCGUUUGGGGGCAUCCAACUGAUCGUAUGUGGAGACUUUCUUCAACUACCUCCAGUUUCUAAAGGAAAGGAAAAGGCCAGCUUCUGCUUUCAGGCCAGAAGUUGGCAUAAAGUCAUCCAGGUCAACAUGGAGUUAACAGAAGUACGGAGGCAGACGGACCAGGACUUCAUUUCUCUCCUGCAGGCAGUGAGAGUGGGCAGGGUGACGGCAGAAGUCACAGCGAAGCUGAUGAACAGUUCCUACCAUCAGAUUGAGAGGGAUGGUAUUUUAGCCACCAGGCUCUGCACACACAAGGAUGAUGUGGAGCUCACCAAUGAGAACAAACUCCAUCAGCUGCCAGGAUCAGUGCGUGUGUUUCAGGCCGUGGACAGUGACCCAGAGCUGGUGAAGACCAUAGAUGCUCACAGCCCCGUCAGCAGAAUGAUUCGGCUCAAAGUGGGAGCGCAGGUCAUGCUGACAAAAAACCUGGAUGUUGCGGGAGGGCUGGUGAACGGAGCUCGAGGAGUCGUGGUGACUUUUGAUUCUGGAAAACAUGGGUUCCCACAUGUACGCUUCCUGAGCGGUGUAACGGAGGUCAUGACGCCGCAGCACUGGGCGUUUAAGGCCAGUGGAGGGAUCCAUUUAAGUCGAAAGCAGCUCCCACUAAAACUGGCCUGGGCCAUUUCCAUCCACAAGAGCCAGGGCAUGACGCUGGACUGUGUGGAGAUCUCUCUGGCACGAGUGUUUGAGAGCGGCCAGGCCUACGUGGCCCUGUCUCGAGCCCGGAGCUUGGAGGGCCUACGGGUCAUGGACUUUAACCCCUGUGUGGUCCGAGCAGAUCCAGAUGUUCUCCUCUUCUACAAGAAACUGAGGAAGGAGCGGCUGCUCAUGCAGGCCUCCAUGGAUGGUUUUUUUGGCCAUGACAAAGAAAACUCUUGAAGAGGAUGAGGAUGCUUCUUCAUCUUAGACUGUGUGUAUGUGUUGUUUUUAACUUUGACGUGACUGUUUAAGACUGAAAGCACAGACACUUUAAUGUCAUACUGCAUUCAUCUGGUCAGUACUGCAAUUUUAAGAGUUAUUUUUUUAAUUAUCCUGCCUUUUUUAACACUUCUGUCUGUGUCUACAUAAAGAUUUCUCCAACCUAUUUUUGUUUUUUUGAUCAACUUUUUAUUGCAUAUUAGUAUAACACACAAAUGAAAACACUUUACAUGUAACACGGUCAUACUUUAAAUUUCCCCCAUACUUAAUAUGUGUGUAAC